AUGGCCAAGGAGAUGACUGUGGGUACUGUGACCUUUGAGGACGUGGCCAUUUACUUCUCCCAGGAAGAGUGGAAGCUCUUAGAUGAAGCUCAGAGGCUCUUGUACUGCAACGUGAUGCUGGAGAACUUUGCACUUAUAGCAUCCCUGGGUUGUUGGACUGGAGCAAGGGAUGAGGAGACAUCAUCUGAGCAGUGCAUUUCUGUAGGAGUGUCCCAGGUCAGGACUGCAAAAGCAGGUCUAUCACCCCAGGACACUCUCCUCUGUUCUAUGUGUGUCCCAGUCCUGAAAGAAAUUUUGCACCUGGCUGAGCUCCAAGCAAUACCUUCUGAGAAGAAAGCAUGUUUGAGUGGGCCAUUCAAUGGAAUGUGGUUGAGUACAAACUUUCACCAGCUCCACAGACAUGAUAUUGGAGAGAAUCUUUUCAAAAGGAAUGUGGACCAGGCCUCAUUUGUGAGAAGCUACAGAUUUCAUUCAUCAGGGAAGCCCUUCUUCUGUGCAGAGAUUGGGAAGGACUCUCCAGCCACCUCAGGCCUUCUUCAGCACCAGGCCACCCUCAGCGGUGAGAAGCCACACAGCAGCAUUCAGCACUGGAAAGUUCACAGUGAAGCAAAGCCUUAUAAGUGCAGUGAAUGUGGGAAAUCUUUUAGCCACAAAUCUGUCCUUGUUCAACACCAGACAGUUCACACUGGAGAAAGCCCUUACAAGUGCAGUGAAUGUGGGAAAUCUUUUAGCCAAAGUUCUGGGCUCUUUCGACACAGGAGGGCUCACACUAGAGCAAAGCUUUAUGAGUGCAAUGAAUGUGAGAAAUCUUUCAGCAGGAAAUCUUUCCUCAUUCGACACCAAAGAGUUCACACAGGAGCAAAGCCUUACAAGUGUAAUGAAUGUGGGAAAUCUUUUAGCCAGAAAUCUGUUCUCAUUCAACACCAAACAGUUCACACUGGAGAAAGGCCUUAUGAGUGCAGCGAAUGUGGGAAAUCAUUUAGCCACAAAUCUGUCCUCAUUCAACACCAAAGAGUUCACACUGGAGCAAGGCCUUAUGUGUGCAGCGAAUGUGGGAAAUCAUUUAGCCAAAGCUCUACCCUCUCUCAGCACAGGAGGUCUCACUCUAGAGCAAGGCCUUAUGAGUGCAGUGAAUGUGACAAAUCCUUUAGUCGUAAACCCUACCUCAUUCAACACCAGAGAGUUCACUCAAAUGAAAGACCUUAUGAAUGCAGUGAAUGUGGGAAAUCCUUCAUACAAAGGUCUGGGCUUUUUCACCAUCGGGGAGUUCACACUGGAGAAAAGCCUUUUGAAUGCAGUGAAUGUGGCAAAUCUUUUAGCCACAAACCCUCUCUCAUUCAACACCAGACAGUUCACACUGGAAUAAGGCCAUUUGAGUGCAGUGAAUGUGACAAAUCCUUUAGCCGAAAAACCCACCUUAUUCGACACCAGACAGUUCACACUGGGAAAAGGCCUUUUGAGUGUGGUGGGUGUGGAAAAUCAUUUAGAGAAAGCUCUGGCCUCCACACAGGAGAGGUUGUCUGUAGUGACUGUGGGAAACUUAUUAGCCACAAAUCUCAUCUCACUUAAUACUGAAGAGUUCACAUAGGAGAUGGGGCUUAGAUAUGCUGAAAAUAUGACUUAUUAAUACUCAGUAUAAUGGACAUGGAGGAAGAGUCUUGUUGAGGAGCCUUCUGACUGGAUUGAAUCUCAUAUAAACAUAUCUGAACAUCCAUGAAUUUUCUAUAUUUUCAGGUAUAUGGGAACCAUGUGUAGCUAUGGUACACUUUCCAGACCUGCCCAGAGCUUGUGUCACUGCUUCUUGCUGUGACUGUAGCUAUCUCAACUGUGCCACUUUUCAGAUCCUCAUGGUAUGUAUACAUCAGUCACCACCCAAGUGUGCUCAGGGAAACAGUCCUCUUUCAUUUUUUAGAAGAAACUAUUAAUAGCCUGAGUGUUUAUGACGCUUUUAUUCUCUUCUGUCUUAUUAGUUAGAGGGUUGACCUAGCUCAGUUUUGGUCCAGAGGACCUGAUAUGAAUUCUCCUGUUGGAUUACAGAGAAGAACUACCCUUUUUGGGGACAUUGUUGGUCUUGGGUGGUGCUUAUAAUGUUUUCUCAGCUUCCAAGACAUCAUACCAGGAACUGCCUAUAGCACAUUGCACUGGUUUGUGCAAUAAUAAUGCCCUUUUGUUUCAGUAACUUUAAUUUUGGAAGUUUUAUUCACUGUGGAGUAGUUGGAAAGCAUAACAGACCUCUGCCAACUUGAAGGGCUGAACAACUUUUGUGGGGAUCCAAACUUUGUGUGCCUCAGAGGGGACAAGAUGAUGACAGAGUGUAUUACUCACUCCAGAUUUUGCCUAGUUUGCUCUGCUGCCAAGGCAUCCAAGGAAAGACAGCAGGUCCCAGUUUUUGGCCUGGAUGCCAGAGUUCUGUGGGCUCGGGUAAAACUGGAUUCGUCAUGUUGAACAUAUAUAUGUAUUUUUUAAUGAAGUACUUUGAACCGUAUGUUGAGCAUAUAUUGUAAGUAUACAUUUGGCUAAAUGAUUUCCCACCUGUAUAUCUUAAGUAAAAUGCCUAUUUGGCUCAUUUGAUAUUUUAUGAAUAUUUACUAGUUUCUUUUCAGUAAUAAGUAGAGACAAUGGAAUAAGAAACUCAUAUGUUGGAAUUUUAUUUACUGAAGGAUGUAAGUUGAUUUGUUUGCUUUUGAAUACUGGAAUAAUAUUUCCUCAUUUCUCUUCAAUAUUUUUUUCUGGUAUGCACAUCGUAAUGGCCACCUAUAGUAUAUACUGUUAAGUUUCAACAGAAUUAUUAACAUUCUGCAUCAUUUGUCUAAAUUUAGACUUUCAAUAAUAUAAUAAAUCAAGCUCUAGUUUGUAAUGUGUGCUUUUUUUUUUUUGGUGUAAAUAAUCUCACCUAGCCAAUUUGAAACUACUGACAUGAUGUCAUUGAACAUGGAGUAGGGAAGAGUCUCCAGUAGCACACUGUUGUAUUUCCACUAUACGGAUACAGUAGCUAUGAUAACCUCAAGAAUAUAGAUAAUGCUAACACUUAGUGAAACAAUUGAAAAAAUGAGUGAAGGUGACAAUGGUUGAGUACUUGUAACCUGAACAGUUUAACUGAUGUUUAAUUGCCUUAACUGCACACAUUUAAAAUGUAUAUUUUGUUGUUUUGAUACAUGAAAAUGUUUCUUUCUGCUCUUUCAAAUUCAUCCUUCUCAACAUGUAUAAUUACUGAUAAAAGGACAUAUUUUGCCUUUUGUAAUGGAUAUUUUCAAAUAGAUGGAAUAGAUUUUCAAAAUUGAAAAAGACUGUUAUGAAGCCCCAUGUAUUCUUCCUCAGUCUUGCAUUAUUCCUAUGGUUGCUCUUGUUUCAUCUAGCCCCAUGCUCAUUAGUGGGUUAUUUUACUUAUAAACCCAGAUAUAAUGUCAUUGAUGCAUAACUUCUUGAUAAUAUUUUUUGAUAAUGUGAGGAAUUUUCAUAAUGCUGACAACCUUCUUACACAAAAUAAAAGUAUUUUAAAAUAUGGCAAA